UGUCAGUUUUAUUUAGUUGAGUUCGGAGCGUCUCAGAGUAAAGAUAUUGUUUAUUGUGUUCGGUUGUGUUUGUGUUUUUGUCAUCACCAAGUGUUACUCGUGUUGUGUACUGUGACAUAAGUGUUUCUGUGUAUGGAUUGCCUCAUUGUUGGAAUUUCAGUCACACCGAACGUUAAAGUCAUUGGAUUCUCUUCUAAGUUGCUACUAUGUAGAGCUGGGUGAUGUUGGCUGAAGAAAUUCGAGCUGCAGCAGUCUCCGGGCAUGUGCAGGACUUGGCAAGACUACUCGCUCGUUCUGAUCCCAACAAGUUCCUUUCAGACUCGGAUGGCCGUACAGCGCUUCACCUUGCAGCAUCCGCAGGCCAUGUUGAGGUCAUCUCUCCUCUCGUGCUGGCCGGAGCUCCAGUCAACGCCAUCGACUCUUCGGGAUGUACGGCGCUGCAGCUGGCCGCUUCAGAAGGUCAUGAGCAAGUCAUCGAGCAGCUGCUUAAACAUGGAGCCAACCCGAACAACCAGGACAUCGUGCAUGGCAACACAGCGCUACACGAGGCUAGUUGGAAGGGGUUCUCUCGUACUGUCGCUGCGUUGUGCAAGGGCAAGACCAACAUGCACAUCAAGAACCUCGGCGGGUUUGCCCCCCUCCACCUCUGCUGCCAGAACGGCCACAAUCAGAGUUGCCGAGAGCUGCUCAUCGCAGGCUGUUCACCUGAUCUCCAGAAUAACUAUGGAGACACCCCCCUCCACACGAGUGCAAGGUACGGCCACGCUGGAGUUACCAGAAUACUCAUUAGCGCUCACUGUCGAGUGUCCGACCAGAACAAGAAUGGUGACACGGCCCUCCACAUAGCAGCUGCCAUGGGCCGCAGGAAGAUGACCAGGAUACUGCUUGAAGCCGGCUGUGAUAAGUCUCUGAGGAAUAAGCAACAAGAAACAGCCAAAGAUAUAGCAACGAGAAAAGAUCUCAAUGAAAUCCUUAAUAUAUUGAACAACACAAAAAGAAGUUCCAGCAAGAAAAAAGAAGAACAGGAUAAAACUGAUGGUAGUAAGCAGAAACCCAACAGAAAAGACAAAAGAAAGCAGAAGUCUGACCAGAAGGUGCACUUUGAGAAGCUCCCCAGCAAGAACUGGUCUCCUUAUGGCUGCCAUUACUAUCCUGAUUCCAAAGCAUUCCCUCCUCCGAAGCUGGAUUCUUUACCUAAUGAACCUCUACAUAAAGGAGAGCAGUACUUCCUGGACUUGGCUGGCAACAUUCGUAAGGGACCAGUAGGCGUUGGCUACACAUGCUACUGUGCCCCAUUCUUCCAACACAUGGAAGCUCGCAUGGAAAGAGACAAAGAAGAACUCAAGAAGCAUAUCACUUCUGCUGAGAAACGAAUCGAUAAAAAAGUACAAAACCUUGAAAGACAAACAGAAGUACGAAUAUCCCAACUUCGAAAACAGCAUCAACACCUCACACAGUGGCUGAGAGGGGAGUCGUACCUACCGAGGACUAGAAGUCUUGAUCUUCUCGAUGACAAGUCCCUACUGAAUGAAAACACAGCAGAGGGAGCCACUGAGAUCCCUGAAGAACGCCGUUUGGGUCCAGCUGAUCAUAGGAGUAUGGACGAUCUGUGCUCUGAACGAGAAAGUGAUCAUGGGCAAGAAUUCAACAGACCAACAGAUAAAGUCGGCCUUUUCUGGAGAUCACAGUUCGCUAGUGAAAGAUUACAGAGGUACCGCGAUAAAACUAAAUGUCCAGACCUCGUUUCAUCCGUUACCAAAACGGAAAAGUGCAACGCUUCACCUCACAAUGAAGAGUGUUCUGCCAUGAGAGAAGUUGAGGGGAAGGAUGUAGAAACCAAAUGUGAUAAAGACUGCAGUGACUUGCCGAGCUGGAGGAGACAAGAGUUGCGCAAGUCUGUGCACGAGAUAGUGUCCCGUGUGCAAGCGUUGCACUGGAGACGUAGCGGAGACGUGCGUGAACAAGCUGAGGGACGAGAGCAAACGUGGGCGGACACCGAGCACUUCACACACUCGGACUCAAGCGACGGCGAGGAAUGUGAGCGACCAGGGCCUUGGUCAGAGGUCAAAAGGUUACCUUACCGCAGCCGCAGCGCAGUGUACAGUCCUACACUGGACAGAGACAACAAUGACUCCGGCUACAGCACCAAGAUUUGCAGCAACUCUCAAGGACCAUCACCUUCCCUCUCUGGUCGGCUGCAGGGUGAUGACCCGCUAGCCCCGAGGUUUUAUCUGGACCAACCCGGACUCCCCUCGGACAAACACGCCACAGCCGUGCCAUUCCUCUCCGGACCUUCACCUACAAACCCUCAGUAUCCUGGUUCUUCGCCUCUUCCUCACCCACAAUAUCCCGGUUCCUCACCCCUCCCUCUUCCCCAGUAUCCCGGUUCCUCACCCCUCCCUCUUCCCCAGUAUUCCGGUUCCUCACCCCUCCCUCUUCCUCAAUAUCCCGGUUCCUCACCUCUCCCUCAAUAUUCAGGUUCUUCACCCCUUCCUCUCUCACAGUACCCAGGACCCAACUCCUCCCAACCCCUCCCCCACUUCCCCAUCACCUCUGACCUCACCACUGACAGGUUCACUGCCAGAGAGUGCCAAAACCUACACACUGAAGCAAGUCUGGUGUGAUUUUGCUGGAUCAAAAUGUAAUAGUAGGGUUAACUGAGAAGAAGAGUCCUGAUCUAUGAAUUGGCAAUUAUUGAAGUAUACAAUUUAGUGUGGACUUUACUUAAAUUGGUAAUAGAGUAACUUUCACACCUGAGUUAUGUAGUCAGGCUUACCUUUCUUAGUAGCAAAAACUUAUGAAUUAUCAUAAUAAAAUAUUAUAUUCAUACAAUAUAUUUUUUUAAAUCAAAACUCACAACGUAGAAAAAGUAAUAUUUGUUGAAAAUUUAAAUCAAAUUAAUUGCUAUGUGAGAUGAUUGAGAUGAUAAAACAUUUUCUGUAGCAGAAUGUACGCCUAACAUAGGAGUCGAAGUAAUGAAUUUAAAAUUAAUAUAAAAUAUCCCAAUUUUUAUAUUUUCUAAAAUGUUUUCAUGUUCUACUAAGAAUGAACUCUUUACUACUUGGUAAACCUACUAUGACAUUAUAUCCUCACAUAUUAAA